AUGGUGAAUAUCAAAGAGGAUGAACCGCGUAUCGAAGAACAGUCUAUCUUGGGAUGGCAAUAUAUCUCGUGUAAGAAACAAAGCGCUGCGGGCAGAUGUGUAGUGUUGAAGCGUUUCGGAAUGAGGAGAAGUGCGAAAUGUGCGAGCGAAAGUAAUGACGAUGGGUUGAUGAAUGAGCGGUUACAAACAAGGGGUAACGAAUCGGGAGCCGAAUCGAGUGACUAA